GGUGGUGGGGGGAGGUCUCUGCCUAGAUGGCCGUCCUCUCCACAGCGGUCACUAGAGGGCGCCAGAGCUCAGAAUACUGGGUUUGGCGGUUCUCCUCGCCUCCGAGGGGCCGCGCCCCUCACACACCCCGGAGCUAGGAGGGCAGCAGUAUUGUGACCUCAAGGGCUGUGCACUGCCGGGAGAGGGGGGCGGGUCUGGGGCAGGGAGAAAGGAGACCCCAGGCCCGGAAGGAGAAGGAGAGGAGAAAAGGGGAGCUGGAGGCGGGGACUUGAGGGCCCCUGGGGCUUUUCUCACAGGACUCCCAGUUCUCUAGAUCAGCCCCUUUGAUUCUGCCUCCUGUCUCUCUCAUCAGCGUGCAUCUCUCUCUGUCUCUCUGCCCUACACAUCUUGUGUCUGUGCCUGUGUCUCUGUCUCUUGCUCUUUCACUCUGUCUCUGUAGCUUUAUUUGUUUUUGGUGACUCUAACUGUCUCCAUAUAGCGUGUGUGCACGCGUGCGUGUCUGGCUCUGUCUGUUCUUUCUGUCUCUGUCUUACCUUCGUCUCUCUAGGUAUGUCUCUGCCUCUGGCUCGCUGUGUGCGUCACUGUUUCUCUUGUUAUGUCUUUACCUCUCUGUGUCUUUCUCUCUGUUUUUAACUGCCUCUGUCUCUUUCUGUUUCUGUCUCUCGCUCGGUUUGCAUGUCCUGUCCCUUGCAGCCACCCCCACCCCCAGCACAUGUGGGCUGAGGGUCUCAGUCCCUUCCCUCCUAUCUCCUCACCCCUGGCAGCUGUGCAGUUUCCCAGUCCUGGCCUCCCUGCCCGCCCCUCUUGGGCCUUAGGGGAGCGGGGUGAGGGAGGAAGGGAGGGCAGCCUGGUGGGCCCACCCCUUUUUGCCUUUCCAGGCUGGGAGGCUGGGCCAGUGAGCCUUUUAACCAGCCUUGGACGCAGUGCCUGGCCCCUCUGUGGUCCCGGCCGCCGCCAGCCCGGCCAGCAUGCAGCAACAGCCCCUGCCUGGGCCCUUGGCCCCUGCGGCUGAGCCGACCAAGCCUCCCUACAGCUACAUAGCUCUGAUUGCCAUGGCCAUCCAGAGCUCCCCAGGACAGCGGGCCACACUCAGCGGCAUUUACCGCUACAUCAUGGGCCGCUUCGCCUUCUAUCGCCACAACCGGCCCGGCUGGCAGAACAGCAUCCGCCACAACCUGUCACUCAAUGAGUGCUUUGUCAAGGUGCCCCGUGAUGACCGCAAGCCAGGCAAGGGCAGCUAUUGGACGCUGGACCCCGACUGCCACGACAUGUUUGAGCACGGCAGCUUCCUGCGCCGACGCCGACGCUUCACCCGGCGAGCAGGUGCCGAGGGAGCCAAGGGCCCUGCCAAGGCACGCCGUGGACCCCUGAGAGUGACCAGCCAGGAUCCGGGAGUCCCCGACGCCACAACUGGCAGGCAGUGCCCGUUCCUGCCGGAGCUGCCAGAGCCCAAGGGCCUAAGCUUCGGGGGUCUGGUGGGGGCCUUGCCAGCUACCGUGUGCCCUGCAACCACUGACGCCAGGCCUCGGCCACCCAUGGAGCCCAAAGAGAUGCCCGCACCUAAGCCUGCAGGCCCGGGGGAGCUCCCUGUGGCCCCCUCGUCUUCCCCGUGCCCAGCAUAUGGCUUUCCUGCUGUCUUCUCCGAGGCUGAGGGUUUCAGUAAGGCCCCUACACCCAUCUUGACCCCAGAGGCGGGCAUUGGGAGCAGCUACCAGUGCCGGCUGCAGGCACUGAAUUUCUGCAUGGGGACUGACCCAGGCCUUGAACACCUCUUGGCCUCAGCAGCCCCCUCUCCUGCACCACCCACUCCUCCAGCCUCAGUCCGGGCCCCGCUGCCCCUGCCAGCUGACCCCAAGGAACCUUGGGUUGCAGGCAGCUUCUCUGUCCAGGGAGGUUCCAGCUACCCAUUGGGGCUGACCCCCUGCCUAUACCGGACACCAGGAAUGUUCUUCUUUGAGUGAAGCCAGCCCGGCCUCAGGCAGUCCCUGCAGGGCCCCUGCCAACUGCACCCUCCAGGGUGAGCCUGACUCUAGGAUCUGGGGCACUCUCAAGGGACCCGGGCCUGGCAAGCCAACGACAGCUGGGACAGGAAGCCAAGAUUGGAGUAGCGAACACGCAGCCAGGCCCCAGGGCCUCUGGACAGACUUGAGGGAGAGGGGAGGCAGGGCCCCCGUGGGAUUUACUCUGUGGCUCUCAGGGCCAAUAAAAGCAGUAUGAUGAUGGUCA